AUGACAUUUGACAGUCAGGACCGGCAUGGUAGUGAUACUACUACAUCAUCCUCUUCAUUAGAUGCUACUAGUACUCAUACCAAUAAUAACAACACCAUGCAGCAAAAUUACCACCUUGAUUCUUCUUUACAUCAACAUGAAACCUCACCACAUGCAUUCUCCACAACAACGACCAACCUUGAUGCGUCAAAUCAUAACACAAAUAAUAAUAAUAAUAACAACCAUCAUCACCACUCUGCCACAUCCACCACGCCACUUUUCCAAACAGAAGAAGAAAUACAAACUCCACACCACUCGCUGCAUGCAGCUCCAGCAAUGCGAAAUCAUGAUUCACAACAUGAAGAAGAAGAGAAUGAAUCGACUCCAAUAACAACAACAACAACAACCAAUAGCAGUAGCAGCAAUGAUUCAAGGAGAUGGUCUUCAUCAACGACGACUUCUCAAACUUCCUCUCUCCAACCUUCUUCCUCAUCAUCAAAUCAAGACGAACAAGACGAAGAUGAUACAUCGACAUCGACGACAAGUAGUAGUGUGACAACCUCAAUAUUUGGAUAUAGUCCUCGAGUACGACAAUUUCAUACCUCUCGAACUUCUGGUGGGAAUCAUCAACGCCAUUCUGUGAGUUUCUCGAAAGAUGCAUGGAUGAAUCAACACAUGUUGAAUGCCAAUCAUCAUCAUCAUGUCAUGCAUGACCAUAAUAAUAAUAACAAUUCUUCUAACGAUAGUCAACCACAAUUACCAUCAGAAACAACCACUCAUGAAUGCUCGAACACCACCACCACGUGUUUCCUAAACGAUCACAAGACCCAAAAAAACACUUCAUGGUCUCAAAUGAACAAUCAACAAGCAGCAGCAGAAACUACAACAACAACAAACCUCUCGUCGCCGUCUUCUCCUCGAACUUCCGAUUCCUCUUCAUCUCUGAAUUUUCAAAAAAACAAUCUUGUUGCUGCAUCUUCAUCAACACCAUUUGGAUCAACGGUAUUUCCAUGGACAACGAAAAAGGGACAAUCGGAAAAGCGUCAUUUAAAGUUUUUAAAAGAUGCACACGUAGAAGAACGAACUUGGAAUUCUGGUUUGUCGUCUUCAAAAUCUUCAUUCUUCUCUCGAAUGAAUCAUGAUACGAUCAGAAAUAGUAAUCAUUCGCUGUCAACACCGUCACAAAAUCUACAUGCCACUCAUCUCGAUUUACAACGACGAUUAAGUCAAUGCCUUCCCACAAUUUUCACAGAUUGGAAACGAGUGAUUGAUUUUCAAUCGACUUGCAUGUUGGUGUUAAUUAUUUUAGAUUAUACAUUCAUGAUCAUUGAAACUUGUGUGAAAAAGGGAUGGUUGAAUGGAUUGAUUUUAACAACAUUGUGUGUGAUUGGAUUUACGAGUGUGAAAUGGUCAUUUCUAAGAGAUUUACCUCACUAUGUAAAUGUUAAUACUAGUUCGGUGUGGAAAACGAUUGGAUCUCUGCAAGAGUUUUCAAGCAAUAAUGUUGGCACUUCUGAUAAGAAAAUUCCAAAAGAUGAAUCUUCAUGGGUGGCUUGGUUGUCCUCUUACAUGCCCAAUCGAUUUAGCAGUACUCAAUUAGUUUUCCUAAAUUUGGUAUUGUUCACUUCGAAAUUCAUGUUAGCCGAAUCUAAGAGUGUUGUGACGCCUAUGAGCUUAUUCUCAAUAGCCUCCAUUGCAGGUUGUAAAUAUCGAGAUUCAUUCAUUAGAAAUCGAAGGGAUAUUGAAUGGCAACAAACUCAAUCCGUUGUAGAGAGUGAUGAGGAACCUAAACAGAUGCCAUCUAACGAAACAUCGGCAGAUCUUGAAGCAGUAUUGUGGUCACAAGUACCUUUCUAUUACAUUGCUCUCCAUUACGUGUGUUAUAUGGCGUACAAAACAUUUCAAUUUUUCACAAGCACUGAGAAGCCUCUUACUCUUGAAGAAAUUUUAAGAGAAUUACUCACUUUGGUGGUUGAUUACUUCCCUUCCAUUUCCAUGGUGUUGAUUUUUGGUGGUUUUGUCGUAUUUGCCAGUGUCUACAUUUCCAUUGAAUAUAAGAAAUUGACAGACAUUACAAAAAAAUUGAGUCAAGCAUUGGAAGUGAAGAAUAACUUUUUGUCACAUGUGAGUCACGAGCUGCGAACUCCAUUAUUAUCUUCCUUGGGAAGCAUUGAACUCAUGAAAGAAACAAAUUUGAGUAAUGAACAAGCUGGACAUUUAGAAGUCAUUCAGGCAUCGAAUAGUGUUUUACUCACUCUCAUUGAAGAUAUUUUCUUAUUUAUUGAUUUGGAUCGAGCUCCAAAGAAUAUGACUCCAAUGAAUACUAGGAAAGCAUCUGAUGACAAUCCAUCAAUUGAACACAAAUCCACUAGUGAAUUGACAAGAUUUCAAGAACAUAGUUCCGCUUUUAGUAUUUCCAAAUCCAUUUUGACCAUAUUGGACAUUCUCCAAAAUUAUUCGAACAAAUUCCAAAUCAAAAUAGAAUGCUACAUUGACGACAGCAUCAAAUCAUUGAUCGUCUUUGCCAAUCAAACUCGACUCCAACAGUGCUUGUUAAAUAUUUUAACCAAUGCUGUGAAAGCUUCAAAACCCAAUGGUGUUGUGGAAUUGUAUUGUUCCAAAGUAGAUCCUCAACCUCAACUCUCAGAAAAACAUCUCUCAAGUAUGAAUCGAGACAUGAGAAAUGUGGAAUGGUUUGAAAUUUCGAUUGUGGAUCAUGGAAUUGGAAUUCCCAAAGACAAACAAAAAUCCAUUUUUGAACCUUUUCAACAAUUACAUAAUUUAAAUGAAGCGAUAUGUCCUGGAACAGGUUUGGGACUUUGUACUGCAAAGAGAAUUGUAGAUCAAAUGGGAGGAUGGAUUGAUUUGCAAUCAGAGCCCAAUGUUGGAUCGACUUUCACAUUGUACUUACCGUUUCAAGUUGAAUCCACUCAUGGUCCCAUCAUGGAUACCUUUUUGGAAGAUCAAGCAACGAGUACAAGUUCUAGAAGUAGUAGUAGUAGUGAUGAAUUGACACAUUUAUCUCAUGGUACCUACACAUCAAGUUCACAACAAGGUCAUGAAGGAGGUGAAAUGUUGGCUACAGAUAGUUCAGAAUCAUCAUCUUUGAGAAAUAACAAUGUUCUUCCUUCUCUCAAACUCUCAGAAAUUAAUUCACCUCUUCAUAAUGCCAUUCAGAGACAAUUACAAAUUCAAGAAAAUUAUUUGGAGCAAUUUGAAAAGACACAACGAACAUUUAAUGAGUCACCUCGUCCAAAGAGCGCCAAUAGCAAAAUCAUUGUGGCAGAAGACAAUUCUAUUAAUCGACAAGUACUUUUGAAAUUGCUAUCAAAUCUAGGAUUUGGACAAGCGGAUGCAGUGUGUGACGGACAGGAAUUAGUUGAAGCAUUUGAUGUGAAUAAGCAUAAACUCAUUCUCACUGACAUGCACAUGCCUAAAAAGAAUGGACUCGAAGCUUCACAAAUUAUUCGACAAAAGUAUCAAGAUAAGGUGAAGAUCAUCAUGUUAACAGCGGAUGCUCUGACGGAUUUCUCGACUGAGCAAUAUAUGAGAACUGUUGAUGCUGUGUUGUGUAAACCAUGCACGAAACAGAAAUUGAAAGAAACCAUUGAAACUUUUUUGAAAUAA